CCCCACACUCUUCGCGCGCUCGCAUGAGUGACAGGGCGACGCUGCCGGAACCAAGGUGCGGCGCGGACCCCGCGAGUCGGCAGACAUCCCGCGAUCUCGUCGCUCGCCUCCCGUCCUCCUCGCGCCCUCUAGCGAUCGCGCGCGGACGCGAGCGCGCGGCUUCAGUAUUCCGACUCUGAGCGAGCGACACUCGCGCACCUCGAGCGCGCGCGUCGGUCGUGGUCGCGCGCGCGAGCGCGACGUCCGUCUUCGACGCCGCCGCUUUUUCGCGAUUGCUCCCCUCGCUUUCGCGCCCGCCCCACGCGUACAUCCGACCGAUUCGACGGUCGACGAACUCCCUCGAUCUGACCUUCGCGUCCUCAACCCCGCCUCGCAGACGCGGUCCUUCACCGUAUUGUACGUCCGCUGGACGAGGCGUGCCUCAACACGGAUCAUCGAUGCCGGCGUCCUCAGCGCCGUCGCAAACGGGCGUGCCCCCGCCGAGGGUCAGCCCCGGCGUCCCGACGCCGCGCGAUCGCGAUCGCCUUCACCUGCCGCCGCACGGCAUCGCCGGCGGCGACGCGGACGGGACCAAACCGCCCCCGGCGUUCUCUUUCGGGACGAUGCCGCACGGCGGCGGCGCGGGAGGACCGGGAGGGGCACACGAUGGCGGUGACCGCGGUGGCCCUCCGAAGCCGAACGCCCCGCAACCCGUCGGACCGAAACCGCACGGCGCGUCACCGCCGCAAGGGAUGCCGCCGCCGAAUACGAUGGCCGGUCUGGUCCCCCCGGGUGUGAAUCCGCAGUAUGCAUUAUCUCAGCACAUGGCUGCCGCGGCGAUGAUGGGGAAAAGCCCGCAUCCGAUGGGUUUCCCCAGCCACGGUUUCGUCGCGCCGCACGGGGGAUUCCCGGGCGGACCCGGUGGGUUCGGACCGUCCGCGUUUUCGCCGCCGACCCCGAUGAGUUUCCCUUUCGGCCCGCGAGGACCGAUGGGCGCACUGGUCGGGGGGAUGGGGAUGCCGGGGCCGCCCGGCGGGAUGGGCCCAGGCGUUGGCGGACCCGGCGGACCCGGAGGGAACGCGAAGAUCGGCGUCGGCGUUGGCGGUUCGAUCCAGGGACCCUCUCAGCCCGGACCUCCGCCCGAGCGACGAAAGUCGAGCGCGAUACGAAUCGUCAACCCCAACACGAAGGAGGAGGUUAAAGGCGAAGUGAAAGCGAAGCCGCCCACGCCACCCGCGGACGCGUCCAAGCUGCCCAUCGCGGCCGAUGGAUCUUCGAAGUCUUCUCCCGACGUUGCGGAGAAGCAGACGGUCGCCGGCGGCGUCCCGGACGGCGCGGGAAGGCCGAACGCCGGAGCUUCCCCGCCACUCGCGCCGCCGCACGGAUCGUACCCGGUGGCGGUCGCGCCGCCUGGGAGGAUACCGAUUCUACCUGCGGGCGCGCCGCAGCAGUCGCUGGGUGGCAGCAACCCCGGAAAAAGUUCGUUUGCGGUUGGCUCCCCGGAGGUGGCGGCGUCCGCGGCGGCUCAGGCACAUGCGUACGCGCAGCACGCGUACGCUCACGAGCGAGGGAUGGCCGCGGCGAUGGCCGCGGCGGGGAUCCCGUCGGCGGGGUCGCAACCGCAGGCGGCGACGAAGCCGCCGAGCGGCGCCCAGUGGCUGCCUUCGUCAACGCCGUCGCCACCACAGGAGAAGAACGCCGCGGCGGCGGAGGGGAAACCGACACCCGCCGCCGCGGAGCAAGGCAGAAUCGACGCCGCGAUGGAAGGCCUGUCCGUGGACGAUACGUCGCAGUUGCAGUCGCAGUCGCGCGCGCCGCCGCGGCCGCCGCCGGGGCCUCCUCCUGUGGCGCUGGCCGCGGCGUCCGAGCCAGUGCCGCCCGCAGAGGAGGAUCACCCUAAACCUUUCGCGCCUCCGGAGACGACGACAGAAGAAGCGAAGGGACCCACGCCCGCGAAAAACGACGCGAAGGAAACCGCCGUUGUCGUCGCAUGGGACCCCCCUACCGAGGGCGCACCCCCUGCAGGGACGACGUCCG